AUGAUGAUUUAUAUUUCUGUAAAAACUGUAGUUUCUUUAAUUAUUGUAUCAGAUUGGUAUAAUGCAUAUGGACUUUUUUUCAAAACUUCUUCAGUGGCCACUCCUUAUGAAUCCUGUAGCAACGGUGAAAUGUGUCUUGGUUUAUCACAGUGUAUUGAUGGAAUUUGUCAAUGUAUAGAAGGCUUUAAACCAUUUCGUGGAUUAUGUCAAGAUCCAAAUUUAAUAUUGCAGUCAACAGUUGAACCUGUAACAGGAGUAAGCAUCGCUUUGGCAGGACAAUCUUGUGCCAACGGUCAACCAUGUCGGUCGAUGUCCAGGUGUGUUGACAGCAUUUGCACAUGCCCAUAUGGUUACCGAGCUUCGUUCGGUGAAUGUAUAAGGAAUCUUACAGGUUAG